GCACCAGGUUACUACUUCCAGUGGGGUCCAGAAGAGGGAGGAGGCAGUGCCUCCACUCCCGCAGCUUUAUACACAAUGCAGAGCAUCAAGUGUGUGGUGGUGGGUGAUGGGGCUGUGGGCAAGACAUGCAUUCUCAUCUGCUACACGACUAAUGCCUUCCCCAAGGAAUACAUCCCCACUGUGUUCGACAGUUACAGCGCCCAGAGUGCAGUUGAUGGGAGCAUAGUGAACCUAAACCUGUGGGACACUGCGGGCCAGGAGGAAUAUGACCGCCUGCGCACCCUUUCCUAUCCUCAGACCAACGUCUUUGUCAUCUGUUUCUCCAUUGCCAAUCCACCCUCCUUUGAAAAUGUGAGGCACAAGUGGCAUCCAGAGGUGUGUCACCACUGCCCCGAUGUCCCUAUCCUCCUGGUGGGCACCAAAAAGGACCUGAGAGCCCAGCCUGAUACCCUACGGUGCCUCAAGGAGCAGGGUCAAGCGCCCAUCACACCACAGCAGGGCCAGGCACUGGCCAAGCAGAUCCAUGCUGUGCGCUACCUUGAGCGCUCGGCGCUGUAGCAGGAUGGCGUCAAGGAGGUGUUUGCAGAGGCUGUCCGGGCAGCGCUCAACCCAACACCGAUAAAGCGUGGGCGGUCUUGCAUCCUCUUGUGACCCUGGCAUUCAGCUUGGAGGCUACCCCUUGUCCCCCCACCAGUUGUGCCUUGGCGCCUUGUC